AGAAUAUUUGGAAACUCUAAAAUUCUCCAGCACGUAGAAAACACUUUUUGGAAUUUUCAUUCUGCAAAAAAUCAGAAAUUAAAAUACUUUUGAGAUCAUUGAUUAAAAUAUUAACAUAAGAAUAAGCAUAAAUACGCAAGAAUGUUGAAUUUUUCCAGGGUCGUUGUACGAAGCUUUAGUAAUUCGAGUAAUCGCUUUGCUGUUGCGAAAGGUGAAAUUGAGAAAGGUUACUUUGAAAUUAAAAAGAUUCAGGAGCAUUUCCAGAAGAAGGAUGGUAAGCCAGUCUUUUUGAAAGGCUCUGCCAUGGAUCAAGUACUAUAUCGCAUCACUAUGGCUCUCAGCUUGGUGGGCAUAGGUGGUAUGGGAAAAUUGUUCUAUGAACUUGCUGUGCCUCAACCCCCGGAAUAAAUGUCAAUAUUUAUACGCCAAAGAAAUGGAAACUUCAACUAGCAAUAUAGUUCUACAUAACUGAAUUUUCUGUUCAAACCGAAGAAAAAUUAUUUGAUAACAUCCUUCGUAUUCCCUUUUAGAUAUGCUUUUCGUUAUAUUAUUGCAGAAUUUUCUUUCUUUUUUGAAUCUUUCCUUUUUCCUAUAAAGUAUAAAUAUAAGCUUAAUAUUAAUUUGCGUUAUUUCCAACUAAAAAAAAAGAAUAUGAAAAUAAAUACACAAACACUAUUGCUAUUGUUGUGAUCAAAUCAGA